AUGGGGACCUGGCCACUUGUGAAUGUGUGUGUGUGUCUCCGCGGUGUCAGCGGACAUUUCGGGCGCCAUUUGGACUUGUUGAUCCCUUCGACCAACUGCAACACUCGGACUGCCCUAACCGUCGUCUUCCCGUCCACUUCUCCCUCGCCUCCUACGUCGUUAACUAACUCUGACCGCCCUCCCGAACCACCACGUCCAUCCGCAUCCUCCUCCUCCUCCUCCCUGCUGCUCCAACGUCUGCCUCUGUGGCAUCUGCCACGCACACCAACAUUGCACAAAAUCCUGGCACCCCAACAAACGCCAACGCGACCACCGCCGAAAUCAGUGGUGAGGACCUGGUCUACACAUGUCCUCAUUGCGACCUUACACAUCGGCCUGGUCACUCACUUGCGAAUCCAUCGCACAGGCAUUGGCGAACCAGUACCUGGAGCGCCAACCUACGCGCGCUGCAUUCGCCUCCACUGUCCACACUGCCAUCGCACAUUCAGCCAGCGCAUGGGCCUAUUCGGCCGCAUGCGUAUCCACGAGAACGGAAGUGGACGUAGACCUGACACACCCACCAGAUCCAGCACACCUGCCCUUCUCAGCUUCUCCCUCACUCCGUCGACCCGUGCGCCCGCCACCACCACCACCACCUCCGUAACUGACACCGACGCCACCGACCUCUCAUGCCCACACUGUCCACACACAUCCACCUCACGUAUCGGCCUGAUCGGUCACUUAGGAAUCCAUCGCACAGAGACUAGCGAGCCAGUGCCUGAAGCACCCACAUACACCCGCCGCAUCCUCCUCCACUUUCCCCAGUGCCCUUGCACACGAACGCACCUAUUCGGUCACAUGCGCAUCCAUUAA